AAAUCAACAUCACACAACAAAGCACUCGAGGACCCGUCCGUGUACCGUUGACUUAGCCCACGUGCGACUGUAUGUGUGUGUGUGUGCGAGAGGGAUCCCAGUGUUCGGUGCCCCGUAUUCCGUGGUCGUUAUAGCGGCUAUAUCUUGGGGCUGGGCUCUCGGAGCUGAACUGAACUGAACUGAACUAAACUGAACUAUUCGCAUUCGUAUUCGCUCGCUCUCCGCCGUCGCGACCGCUCUCUUAUCCCAAUUGUCAGCCCGCUAAGAUCAUAAAGGCCGUAAAAAUAAUCAUAACAAUAAUCGUAAAAAAUUAGAACCGCAAUCAGUCGCACACUGUCCAUCGCACUGCGCAGAUCGUCAAACACCCAUUAUUAUUAUAAUAACCGUAAUCGUAACCGUAAUCGUAAUUGUAAUCGGAGGCGCCAUCGCAUAAACACCAAACGAACGAACAGCCAGAAAAAUUGGAAUUGGACUUCGCGCGCGUUUCUUUUUAUGAUGUUCGAGUGUCUGGCAGGUGUCUGGAUUCAAAUUCAAAUUCACCCACAUAUUGUGCAAUACUACUCAUGAAUCUGGGUUGACUGUGCUGCAAAUGAAGAGCUAGAGUUCAAAUUUAUCAAGCCAAAUCCUACUACCUAAGUGUUUAACUAUUCUUAAAAACGCACCGUGCAUCGAAAACUAUAAUCUGUACGACAACGUUUUCUAGUCCCCCGUAAAUCGAGCAAUAUCUACACACCAGCAGCAAACAAAAGCUGUAGCUUACAACUCAAACCACAGCAAAUUCAACAGAAAUAGAACGUAGACAGCCAAAACAACAAGAGAAAACAAAAAUAAAUUAUAAAAACCGAAAUAUAUAAAACGGAAAAGAAUAAGGAGCAGAAAAAGUUUCGAUUCCACUGCGGGCAAAGUUUUUAUUUUGGCGCACGUGCAAGCUACCGUUAGCUGAGAACCCAAAGCCAGCAGGAUUGAAGGAUAAGCGCACGUUAUUGGAUUUAAGAGUGCAAUAAUGGAUUAACCCAGCAGUAAAUGGACAACAAAGGUGGAUUACCCACAUGGAUAACGACAAUUUAGCCGCGCAUCGCAAAAGAGUUUCAAAAACAAAAUUGAGGAAUACCAACUAGGGGAUAAGGCUACUUAAGGAUCAAAGAACACCAAGGAGACGAGGUUUUUACCAAAUCGAGAGACGAGAGGCAGGUUAAUUUCGUCAUUUUUGGCCAAGACAGCAAAUAGAGGAACAGCAAAGCGGAAAUCAUUUUAUACCUCACAUCACAACUACACACUAACUAAGAUUAGGCUACGCAACUGUACAUUGUACUUAAGUGUUCAAAGUAAAUUUAGUUUACUUUGUAUAUAAGAAAGGAAGCUAAAAGCACGCAGACAGGGAGGCAGGAGCACCACAGUCACUAGCCACUAAGCAGAAUCACAGUCACGAUCACGUUCACUCCAGGAUCAGGACUCGGGGCGGGAUCAGCAGACGCUGAGGAAGCUGCCACAAUGACGAUGAGUACAAACAACUGCGAGAGCAUGACCUCGUACUUCACCAACUCGUACAUGGGGGCGGACAUGCAUCAUGGCCACUACCCGGGCAACGGGGUCACCGACCUGGACGCCCAGCAGAUGCACCACUACAGCCAGAACGCGAAUCACCAGGGCAACAUGCCCUAUCCGCGCUUCCCGCCCUACGAUCGCAUGCCCUACUACAAUGGCCAGGGGAUGGACCAGCAGCAGCAGCAGCACCAGGUCUACUCCCGCCCGGACAGCCCCUCCAGCCAGGUGGGCGGGGUCAUGCCCCAGGCGCAGACCAACGGUCAGUUGGGUGUGCCCCAGCAGCAACAGCAGCAGCAGCAACAGCCCUCGCAGAACCAGCAGCAACAGCAGGCGCAGCAGGCCCCCCAGCAACUGCAGCAGCAGCUGCCGCAGGUGACGCAACAGGUGACACAUCCGCAGCAGCAGCAACAGCAGCCCGUGGUCUACGCCAGCUGCAAGUUGCAGGCGGCCGUCGGCGGACUGGGCAUGGUUCCCGAGGGCGGAUCCCCUCCGCUGGUGGAUCAGAUGUCCGGCCACCAUAUGAACGCCCAGAUGACGCUGCCCCAUCACAUGGGACAUCCGCAGGCGCAGUUGGGAUACACGGACGUGGGAGUUCCCGACGUGACAGAGGUCCAUCAGAACCACCACAACAUGGGCAUGUACCAGCAGCAGUCGGGAGUUCCGCCGGUGGGCGCCCCCCCUCAGGGCAUGAUGCACCAGGGCCAGGGUCCUCCACAGAUGCACCAGGGACAUCCUGGCCAACACACGCCUCCUUCCCAAAACCCGAACUCGCAGUCCUCGGGGAUGCCGUCUCCACUGUAUCCCUGGAUGCGAAGUCAGUUUGGUAAGUGUCAAGAACGCAAACGCGGAAGGCAGACGUACACCCGGUACCAGACUCUAGAACUGGAGAAGGAGUUUCACUUUAAUCGCUAUUUGACCCGUCGACGGAGGAUCGAGAUCGCCCACGCCCUGUGUCUCACGGAGCGCCAGAUAAAGAUUUGGUUCCAGAAUCGGCGCAUGAAGUGGAAGAAGGAGAACAAGACGAAGGGCGAGCCGGGAUCCGGAGGAGAAGGCGACGAGAUAACGCCACCCAACAGUCCGCAGUAGGAUCGACGGAGUCUACCCAGUUAAAUGAAAUUUCUAUCUAAAUAAAAUUUACGUUAGUUUGGAGAGCGCAAUGAAUUUACUUCGAUCCCUGAGGACUAUCUAUUAACUAUCCAAUCCGUUGAACUUCGCGUGAACAAACCUAAACUAAACUAAACUAAACAAAGAGAAGAGCUGAGAACUCUACCUACAACUUAGUUAAUUGUUAUUAUUUUCUACUUAUUAUUUAAUUGUACACGAAAGGCAAGUGGAGAAAGCGAAAUAAGAUAAACGUAAAGAUAGCGAUUACGAUAAAGAUACAAGUAAAGCGUAAAACUCAAACAAAACCAACUCAUGUGACCUCAGAUCUAAAUAAGCUAUAUUUAACUAUAAUGCGUAUAUAUACACAUAAAUAUAUGAAUAACUUUAAAUGAUACCAAGUAAAGCUGAAGGCAAGGAGUAAUAUAUAAAUAACUAUAUAUGAAGCAUAUAUACUACAACAUUAGUUCUACGCGUCAUAAGUACUGUACGAAUAACUUAUACAUACACCCCAGCAUAAAACCUAAGCCUAAAACAUAAAGAUUAAACUAAAUCAAUGUUUGUAGCAAUCCUAGCGCAAAAAUAUAAAGUAAAAUCCAAUAAAAAUAAAAAAAAAAAACAAAUGGCAUCACAAUCCAUUGCAUGAUAGUUCGUGAAACCUAUACAUUUUAAAUAGCUCUGAACAUGAUAACAGAAAACUUUGAUCUAGGUGAAUGUCGCACUUUUAGACAAAAAAAAACCAAAACCACGAAAGAGCGUUGCUUAAAGUAAACUAAACGUUUUGCACAUAUAAUACAAGUAAAACCCAUAAACUGGCAGAAGCUUAUAAAUGAAAAUAAAUAGCAAAAGAUUGGCCAACCUAAAAAAGAUGUAUGUAAAUUUCUACGGCAAUUCAACUUUAGAAAACUCGCAACUGGAUAUUUAAGCUUAACCGAUUGGAGAGUUCCUCUUUUUUUUUGGUUUAAAUACCCAUUAUCUCUGUACUUUCUUUUGUAUGUAAUUUCUUGUGCAAUCUUUAGUUCUUGCAAAAAACAAAAAUCGAAUUAGGUCGAAAAGGAUAUAAAGUAUACCGAAUUAAAAAAAAUAUCAAUUGGCAAGUGAAGAAGAGAAAUAAAAAUUGUUAACAGAGGAACACAAAAUAAAUGUAUAAACAAUGAAUUCUAACGAAACCCCUGUAAAGUAGUAAAUUAAAAUGCAUUAUUAUACGAGAAAUUAGGGAACCCAUUUUGAAAGAGCAACCGAACGAUUUAUAUAUGAAUAUUUGCCUAACAACUAUAUUAAUGUAUGUGUACGUAACUUAAACUCAUUUUCCACGCCAUCUGUGGAAAUCCAUAUACCAAAGUCAAAGGAACGAAGGAGAAAAAAAGGAGAACGGAAUGAAAAACUAUAAAGUAUGAUAUGUUUAUAUGUAGAUAUAUAUAUUUAACAAGCCUAAUACAAAACAUGUAACUUUAUAGAGUGUUUCGUUUGUAAAUUCCCCAGAAAUCCCAUUUCCCUUCCCAGCCCAAUUCCCAAUCCAAUCCCAGGUGAAAGGAUUUGUGAUUUGCAAUAGAACAGAAUAGUCAAGAUAAAUCUGAAAAAACUUAGCGAAGUAUUGGCUAAACAACCUUGAGAGCAAAAUUCAACUCAAUCCAGAUACGUAACUUUCGGCCUCAUUCUGUAAGAAACUAAUUAUUUAAGUUUCAAUUAUGAAAAUUAUUAAAAAAAAAGAAAAGAAAAAAAUAUAUAGAAAGUAGAAAUUCACAAGAAACAAAAUUUGAAAGCGUUGAAUACAAUAUAUAUAUUUGAAACAAACUAAAACAUUAAAUAAACCCAAGCAUUUGUGCGAAAUUGGAACGAAAUGUGGAAGCUAAACAAUUUGUUGUAAAUAAAAUUUAAACGUUAGUGUGAAGAAGUGAACGGAGAACGCAGUGGAAGGGCUGCAAAGCGAAAAGCAUAAAGAAUAUUAUAAUUAAAUUACAAAUGAGAUUUUGUUUUUAUUUGUAAUAUUUAUAAUAAAAAUAUAGUAUUUAAAAAUUUAUUA